CCUGGACCUGCACAGACCUCCACAGCAAUAAGCCAUUAUGAAAAGUCUAAAAGCAAAGUUUAAAAAGAAUGAGAGUCAGGAGUGGAGCAAGAGUGAUGAAAGACUCCUGCAGGCCGUGGAACAGAAUGAACCCAACAAACUUUCAGCACUUAUUGUCAAAAAAGGUCUCUGUCCCACCAAGCUGGAUGCUGAGGGCAAGUCAGCGUUCCAUCUCUGCGCAUCCAAAGGCCGAUUGGAUUGCCUGGAGGUAAUCAUCUCUAAUGGAGCAGACCUCGGCGUCACUGAUGGGGCUGGCCUCAGCGCCCUUCACCUCGCUGCCAAAAAUGGCCAGUCAGAGUGUUUAAAGAGACUGUUGCAGGAGAGGUUGGAAGUAGAUGGCACAGACAGAAUUGGCAGGACACCGCUUCAUCAUGCAGCGAUCAGUGGCUGCUUGUCGUGCACAGAAACCCUGUGGGACUUUAAGGCCAACCUGGACACCCAGGACAGUGAAGGGGCCACGUCGCUGAUCUUAGCGGCACAGAUGAGCAGGGUGGAGCUGUGUGCCUUUCUGUUGGGUCGAGGUGCCAAUGCAAACAUACAGGACAACCAAGGCAGGUCUGCUCUGAUGCUGGCCUGUGAGAGCGACAGCGUUGAGACCGUUGAGGCUCUCCUGAGAGGCGGAGCCAGCACACAACUGGUUGACUCCCUCGGUCACAAUGCUGCCGACUACAGUGCAACCACAGGCAACCAGCACAUCAUUCAAAUGUUACAGGAUGGAGUACCUCCAGCUUCAGAGGGCACAUGUGCCGAGCCCAUUCAACCCCCUUCAGGCGCCUCAUCAAUGCAAGGGGGGACUACCCCCCGCAAACGGAAAGCUCCGCCGCCGCCACGCUCUCCACUCCAGAUCCAGGAUUCGCAACCGUCGGCUCAGUCUCCGAGUCCAGCUCCUCCUGCCCUGUCCCCUGUGCCCGCAAAAUCAAAGUCUCCUUCCCCGCUGCCGCAAGAAACCCAGCAAUCGGCCCAGGCAGAGGACGAGGAGGUGUUUGAGGAGAUCCGACGGCUGCGCCUUGAGAGAGGCCGACUCCUUCAGAGGAUCAAAGCCUUGGAGCAGCAGCAGCAAAGUGCUCUCUCUGCCCUGGAGGAGCUGUCCCAGCUGAAGCAGCGCCUGGCAGAGUCUGAGGCAGAGAGGGACAAGUUGCUUGAAGAGCUCAAGGGGUCCCACGUCAUUGGGGCCAGUGACUCUGAGGACAUGGAUGAAAUGCUGGACUUCCCAGAGAAACUGCUCUCGAAGCGCUCCAGAGCAUCCCCUGCUCAUGAAGAGGCCACUUCCCAAAUGGACUCAGCCGGCCCCUCUGCUGCCUCGGCGGACCCGGGACAAGUUGCUGAGCUGCAGAAGCAAAUAGAGCAGCUAACGUCACAGAACUCUGAGCUCGUUCUUAAAGUGCAGAUGCUGGAGAUGUUUGAGAAAGAUGACACAGACAUGCAGGCCCCCAGCCUGGACUCAGUCCCUUUGGUUCAGUAUGAGACGCUGAGGAAAGAGUUUGAAACGCUCCAGGAACGCUUGUCCCAGGCUCAAGCUUCACUGGAGGCUUCAGGAGUGUCUGAGAAUGACAGCGAGAAGUCUCAGGAAGGAGGCGCAGAAGCAGAGAGCACAGAAGCUCUAGAAGAAAAGCUGCGUGGACUGGAGGAGCAGCUGGCCUCCUCCCAGGCAGAGCUGGGGGAGCUAAAGGAGCAGAUGCGUCUCGGGGUGCUUUCUGUGGAGUGCGGUGAUGACAACGUUGCCACAACAGUUGCUGGAGCUGCAGAGGAUGGAGUGAGCCAGGAGGCGCAGCAGCUGAGAGCCAGGGUGACAGAGUUAGAGGAGAAGCUUGCUAAGACACAGGGAGAGGCCGGCGAUCAGAGCAGCCAGAACAGUGACACAAUCCAACAGCUGACAGGAACAGUGAAGGAGCUCCAGGCUGCUCUGGCCCAGAAAGAGUCGGCGCUAAAGGAACAGAAAGACAAAAGAGGAGAGUCGGAGACUGUGAAGCUGCUUCGGGACAAAGUCGCAGAACUGGAGGCAGCCCUGGCAGAGAGCAGGCCGUCUGGGAAAGAAGGAGGAACAGCUGGGAAUGGAGAUCAGGUCCGUCGUCUUCAGGAGCGUCUGGCCGAGCUGGAGGGCGAACUCAGGAAGUGCGUGCCCCGCUCCGAGCUGGAGGAGGUUCAGGUGACACUCGGACUUCAGUGUGAGCAGCUGGCUAGGGAAAGGGCAGAGGUGGCGAGGAGACUCAACAACGCCCUGCUGGAGCUGGAGAGGCUCAAACCUCCUGCAAGUGGAGAGGAGGAGGAAGAGGAGGAGGAAGAUCACUCAGAAAGCUCAGAGCCCUCUCUCAUGUCAGAACACUCCAGUCGAGCCCUGGCAAAAGUGCGAGAGGAGCUGGAGGUGGCCAGGCAGGAGGCAGCCCAGGCUCUGGACUGUCUUUAUGCUGAGCGGGAGGGCCGGGUGCAGGAGGUCCUGCAGCUGAAAGACGCCGUGCCUCUAUCAAAACAUAAAGAAGCGCUCUCUGCGGUAUCAGAGCAGUUAGCUCAGACACUGCAGGAGCUCCAAGAGGAGAAAACCUUACGGGCACAAGCUGAGGAGAAGGCUGCCAGUCUAGAAGCUAAAGUACAGACCACACAGGACUUUAUUUCCAAAGAGGAGCACGAAAAGAUCAAAGAAGAGCUACAGCGCACCCUGCAGGCAUGUGAAAGCAAGGCGGCGGCGGCUCACGAUGCUCUGAGUGAGAAAGAGAUGGAGCUGAGGGAGCUGAAGUCCCAGAAGGCUGCAGAACAAGGGCUGAUCUCGAAGGAGGAGCACGAGGCCAUGCGGCUCUCUUUGCAGGCAGAGAUCAACGCCAGCGCAGCGCGCUUCAACGACCUCACUCGGAAACACGAGAAGACAUGCACCGAGGUAUUCCAGGUCCAGAGGGAGGCGCUGUUCCACAAGAGCGAGCGGCAGGCAGCAGAGUCCCAGCUGGCCUCAGUGCAGCAGCAGCUCACUCAACUCCAGACCCAGUCCAGCCACAUCCAGGAGCUCCACAAAGACAUCCAGGACUCCCAGGGCCUCGUCAAGGAGAAGGACCGCAAGAUAACAGAGCUGUCCAAGGAAGUGUUUCGCCUAAAGGAGGCCUUGGGAGCUCUGUCACCUCCUCUUGGAAUCACGUCUUCCUCCUCUUCUGCCCAGCAUGUUAAUCCUGGACAGCAGAUGGCACUACAGAACAGGAUAUCUAUUCUCACCCAGCAGCUGCAGGACUGGGAGAAAAAGCACAGACAAGUGGUGGCUGUGUAUCGCUCUCAUUUACUGUCAGCUGUACAGGGUCACAUGGACGAAGAAGUGCAACAUCUGCUACUUCAGAUCCUGAGGAUGACCCAGCAGGGACACUGACGCCUUUCUACCUCUUAUCUUCUGAACAUUUUACAUUUAGCAGCACUCUGCUGAAAAACAGGAGACUUCAUUUUUCAAGCCAAAUACCACUCAUCUGCAUGAGUAACAUAAACUUAGGCCCGGUUUACACAGCAUUGGUUUUAAGGGAACUCGUAGUUUUUGUGUUGCGGUUCAGACGUACAUGGACACGACCACCAGGCUCGUUUUCUCUGUAAGUGAAGGUUUUAGAAUCCAGAGAUCUUCCAUUGUAAGGCUCGGCUUGGCCCGCCCGGCUCCAGUUGGCCUGGCCUUGUUUUACUCUGUCCAUGGUUGUGUUUGCAUUGAGCGCUGAAUGCUCAUAAUAUUAAACAUGUGCAAAUCUUAUUCCAUUUUAAUUUGCGACAAAAUAAUAAUGAAGUACAUCAAGCCUGAAGGAAAAGUACCGGAGAUUGUAACAGACCAUCCAGCAGUAUGACGUUUAAGAUGAGAGGCCAGGAUGACAGAGGAUGGUAAGCUAAAGGUAGCUAAUGUUAGCUUACUGUUUGGUAGCUCGCUACUGUUACAGUUGCUGCAAACAAUUCACAUAAAGUUACUCUCAGCUGUGUGAUGAAAACCCCCCGGUUAGUGUACCAAUCACUGUGUCAAAUCGGGCUGAGCAGAACCACAGGUCUUAGGGUUCCAGAAAUCGAGUGGAACUUAUCUGGGUUUGAGAAAGGCACAGGGUCGGGCCUUGCAGUGCAAAAAGGCCUAGAGUGGAGAUUGUUGGGAAACCUGCCUCCCGUAGGACCUAAGGCGGCUGCAGUCAAUAGUUUUUCUGCACUUGCACAAGCAGAUAAGCAAUGUGCUGUUCACUCAUUUUUCAACAUGUCAUUGUCAGCCCAAGCAAUUUUGUGUUCGCCAUUAUGGAUGUAACUGUUUUCAUGCUCAAAACUGAAGCACCAGCUGACCUGGUAUCGGCGUUUUCAGAUAUACGAAAUUCACAGCUUUUUCUGCACACGUGUUCGCCGAUUACAACACAUCUCAUCUUACAACCUCCCCUGCCCCUCCAAGAAAGUGCACCCAGCACACAACGAUUUGGGUCUAAAGGCAAUCCUUUUUGAGUGAGUGUUUGUGAUUUUAUUUUAAUGUUUAUUCGCCAUGAUCUGCAUCGAAAAAACAUCAAUGUUACCAGAGAUUGUUCACGUGAACACAGGGCCUUAAACAGCCUUAUUGCUAUUGCUGCUAUGCUGUGCUGUUCCACACACCAAGAGAACUGCAAGGAGAGUGCCUUUUUUUAUCUGUUCGAGGUUUCUAAUUACAGGUUGUGAAUGUAAAUACAGAGUGAGCAUUUUGAUGACAUAAUUAUGUGCUGAACUUGUGACAAGCCUAUUGAUUUUACAUAUUUUUGCUAUAUUAAAAAGAAGAACUUU